AAAGACAAAUAGUUGGCAACACUUACAAUUAGAACAGCAAUUUUUUCCUUGGCAUCACAGAGUGACAUUUCGUUUUUAGAAUUCUUGCAAAAGUUAAUUCUCAGGACUAAAAAUGAGUUUCGGUUACGGUGCUGCAAACGCAAAACCUCAAAUAAGCCAAAAUGACCUUGGCAUGGGGGACGAAAAUUAUGGGAUUAAAAGUCCCAUGAUUGCUGGAUUGGGAGCGACUAGACAAAAAUUAGCAUUCUCGCAUCCCCUCGAAGGUUCCGAGAAAAUGUACACGAAAAACAAGGAGCGAAUGGAAAUGGUGAUGCUGCGAAAUGCUCAGGGUUUACACGCGCCAAUGCGAUUGGCAAUGGAAAUUAAAGCGACAGAAAAAGUCGGCAGACUUCCGUUCUUGCCCUCUUCAAUGGCAAUGCGAGAUUCGCUUCUUGGAAAGGACUUGGAAAUUGGAUUCGAGGACAUUCUCAACCCUCCAGAAUUCAGAGAACAAAUGGGCCAACCACACGCCGUUGUAGAAAAAAGUCUUGGAAUUUUGUAAGAUUAGCGUUUAUUUUCUUGCUUUUUUUUUUACCGAUACAAAUAAAACAAAUUCAUAAUUGUUAA